CCGCCGCCGCCGGCCCCGCGCCCCGCGUCCACCGGGGCUCCUGCCCGCCACCCUCAUGGCCAGGCGGCCGCUGCUGCUGGUCUGCUGCGCGCUGGGGCUGGCCGCGGCCUGGGGCGCCCGCGCCACCGAGCCCCCCGAGCCCCCCGACACGCUGCAGAACGAGGCUGACAACCAGGAGAACGUCCUGUCCCAGCUGCUGGGCGACUAUGACAAGGUCAAGGCCGUGUCCGAGGGCGCCGACUGCCAGUGCAAGUGCGUGGUGAGGCCGCUGGGCCGCGAGGCCUGCCGCAGGGUGGACGCGGGCGCCGCGCGGCUGGACGACAGCUACACGGUGGAGACCAUCACCUCGGGGCCCGCCUGCAAGUGCGCCUGCGUGGCCCCCCCGUCCGCGCUCAACCCCUGCGAGGGCGACUUCCGGCUGCAGAAGCUGCGCGAGGCCGACGGCCGGGACCUGAAGCUCUCCACGGUGCUGGACAUGCUCGAGGGGGCCCUGUACGGCCUGGACCUGCUGAAGCUGCACUCGGUCACCACCAAGCUGCUGGGCCGUGUGGACAGGCUGGAGGAGGAAGUUUCUAGAAACCUCACCCAGGAGAACGAGCAGAUCAAAGAGCACAUCGCGGAGAUCCGCUCCGAGGUGCGUGGGAGGAGCCGCGAGGGCUGCUGCAGGUCGCCCCCCGACGGCCAGCCCCGCCCCGACACCGACGAGCAGAGGGACGCGGCCGCCACCUAUGCACGCCCUGAGGUCAAUUCAGUGGAGCUCUUGGGCUCGCGGCCCCUGGCGCGGCCAGCCGUGGCCAGACCCCCGCGACCCCCCCACCGGCCUGCAGAGCCCAGGGGCCGGCCCGCCUCCAGGCCCACCAUCAUCAGGGGCAUCACCUACUACAAGGCCCAGGAACCCGAGGAGGACGACAAUGACAUCGAGGAGCCACAAGACGAGUUUUUCAGCGGCGACCCCGAGAUGGACCUGCUGAGCGAGGAACAGCUGCUCAGACACAGCCCCCCGCCCCCCGCCCCGACCCCCACCGCCUCCACGCCCCCCGCCUCCGCCGGCCAGUGGGCAACGCCCCUCCAGGACGCCGGGGACGCGGCGGCCACCCCCACGGUCACCCCACCGUCGCCUCCGGCCUCAGCGGUGCCGCUGGCCACGGCGGCCGAGGCCCCGUACACUGCGCCCACGUUUCCCACGGCCACGGGCACGGAGGCCACGGAUGGGUGGGGCACGGGCCCCGCCGGCCCCACGCUGAGCCCCGAGGAGGAGGAGGAGGACAUCCGGAGCAGCAUCGGAAAGUGCAAGGACACGCUGUCCACCAUCUCCGGCCCGACCCUACACAACACGUACGGCCGCAACGAGGGCGCGUGGAUGAAGGACCCGCUGGCCUCGGACGAGCGCAUCUACGUCACCAACUACCACUACGGCAACACGCUGGUGGAGUUCCGGAACCACGAGAACUUCAAGCAGGGCCGCUGGAGCAACUCGUACAAGCUGCCGUACAGCUGGAUGGGCACCGGGCACGCCGUGUACGGCGGCGCCUUCUUCUACAGCCGCGCCUUCACGCGCACCAUCCUCAAGUACGACCUGCGGCGCCGCUACGUGGCCGCCUGGGCGCUGCUGCACGACGUGGCCUUCGAGGAGGCCACGCCCUGGCGCUGGCGCGGCCACUCGGACGUGCACUUCGCCGUGGACGAGAACGGGCUGUGGCUCAUCUACCCGGCGCUGGACGAGGACGACGCGGGCGGCGGCCUGGGCCAGGAGGUCAUGGUGCUCAGCAAGCUGGACGCGGCCGACCUGAGCACGCGCCGCGACACCACGUGGCGCACGGGCCUGCGGCGCCACCGCUACGGCAACUGCUUCGUCAUCUGCGGCGUCCUCUACGCCGUGGACAGCGCGGGCCGGCGCCACGCCAACCUGUCCUACGCCUUCGACACGCACACCAACACGCAGACGGCGCCGCGGCUGCCCUUCGAGAACCGCUACUCCUACACCACGCAGGUGGGCUACAACCCCAAGGACCGCCUGCUCUACGCCUGGGACAACGGCCACCAGGUCACCUACCAGGUCAUCUUCGCCUACUGAGUGCGCUGCGGCCGCUGGCUCCGGGACGCAGACGAGGUGCGAUGCGCCUGCGCGCGCGCGAGCCCGCCCCGGACGGCCGCUGUGCGCGUGCUCGCUCAAGCCACCCGCAGUGCGUGCGCGAGCCCGGCCCCUGCGUGUGCCCGCCCGUGCAGUGACAUUCGUCCGCGUGUAAGCGCGUGCCCGACUAGUGACGUCCGCCUCUACGUGCGCGCGCCCGCCUGCUCAGUGACAUCCACCGUGCGCGUGCCCGUUCGCCGAUUCCCGCGGCUAUACGGGUGCGUGCGCGUGCCCGUCCCCUCGCAACGACGUCCCCACUAGAAGCGUGUGUGCGCAUGUCCGCCCUGUGAGGUCCACUGUAAGCGUGCGCGCGCGUUCCCCUCCUAGGAACCGCUGGCGUCCUACAUGCGCGUGGCCGCGCACUGGUGGCGCGUGCGUGCGCAGUCCAGAGAUGUGUAGUAUUCUCGUCUAUUAUCCUGCGAGGGUGUAAGCGACAAUGGGGGGGGGGUCGCGGAGCCCAGGGGUCGUGGAUCGACCCUGGCGUGGUGUGUGUGCUGGUCUCCUCCUCCAACCGGCUCUUUCGUGCCCACCCACUGCGGCCCUGCGCCCACCAACAGCGGGCUGGGCCAGGGUCAGGGUCAGGGUAUGACUGGCGCCAGCGCAAGGGGCCGAGGGCCAAUUAUGUAUUGCAGAAGUUUUUUAAAGCGAGAAAAAAAAAGUUUUUGAAAAAACAAAUUAAAGAAUUUUUA